GCGGUCGACAUUGUAACACCCAAAACUUUGAUAGACCAAUCAACACCUUAAUAUUUGCCAACUUUUACUCCCAACUAUUCCGUCACUUGACUCAUUUCCACAAUUAUACGAAGUACAUCUGAAAAAUGGGAAAACUUUCAUUAUUACUAAUAUUAUUAUUCACUCUCCAAAUUUCCCACCUGAAUCUCUCUCAAUCAAGCUCGGAUCUUUUUGAUUCAUGGUGCAAAAAACAUGGCAAAACUUACCCAUCUGAACAAGAAAGACAAUUCAGGCUCAAAGUUUUUGAGGAUAAUCUGGAAUUUGUCAACCACCAUAACAGCUUACGAAAUUCCACUUAUACCCUUGAUUUGAAUGUUUAUGCUGAUUUGACCCACCAUGAAUUUAGAAGUUCAAAGCUUGGGCUUUCAAAUUCUGCCAAUGAUUUGAUAAGGUUGAAGCAUAGUAACCCUGUUCAAUUGCCUGAUGUGGGUGUUCCUGAUUCUCUUGAUUGGAGGAAUCAAGGUGCUGUUACCAAUGUCAAGGAUCAAGGAAAUUGUGGUGCUUGCUGGUCUUUCGCAGCUACAGGGGCAAUUGAAGGUAUAAAUAAGAUUGUUACGGGCUCUCUGGACAGCCUUUCUGAGCAGGAGUUAAUAGAUUGCGAUAGAAGCUACAAUGAAGGUUGUGAUGGAGGGCUCAUGGACUAUGCUUACCAAUUUAUUAUAGAUAACCAUGGGAUUGACACUGAGAAAGAUUACCCAUAUGAAGCUAAACAAAAAUCCUGCAAUAAGAACAAGCUUGCAAGACAUGUGGUAACCAUUGAUGGUUAUGCUGAUGUCCCUCCUAAUAACGAAAAAGAACUCCUAAAAGCUGUUGCAGCUCAACCAGUAAGUGUAGGCAUAUGCGGCAGUGAGAGGUCAUUCCAAUUAUACUCUAAGGGAAUCUUUACUGGCCCAUGUUCCACCUCUGUAGAUCAUGCUGUUCUAAUUGUUGGUUAUGGUUCAGAACAUGGAGUUGAUUACUGGAUAGUUAAGAAUUCAUGGGGAACUUCAUGGGGUAUGAAGGGAUUUGUACACAUGCAGCGGAACAGUGGAGUUAGUGGAAUCUGUGGCAUCAACGUGAUGCCGUCAUACCCAACUAAAAUAAGCCCUAAUCCACCACCCCCACCACCUCCAGGACCUACUAGAUGUAGUCUGUUCUCAUCUUGUCCUGCAGGUGAAACUUGCUGCUGUGCGCGGAGCUUUCUUGGUAUAUGCACCGCAUGGAAAUGCUGCGAGUUAAAUUCUGCAAUAUGCUGCAAGGAUCGUGUCCAUUGCUGUCCUCGUGAUUAUCCAAUGUGUGAUACAAAGAGAAAUCAGUGCCUCAAGCGAGCAGGAAAUAUCACUACAGCCAAACCAUUCAACAGCAGACAAAGCAGCUUGUGAAGAAUCUAGCAGUACGAUAACUUGGUGCUUGUGAAACUAUCCUUGAAUGCUUAUGAGUAUUCUUUUACACAUUGUGACGUUAGAGGCAAGGUAGAUACGGCACCCAUGCUAUAUAGAGGAAUUUAUGCAGUGUUUCGAUACUGCACAUCUUUGUACGUCAUGUAUAAACGGCGUAGACAGACGCAUAGUUUUGUUUCCUUUAAUCUUUAUUUGCCUUGCUAAUAGCCUAUUACUUCUGUUGAGGAGCUCUUAUGUUCGUAUUAAUCUCGUAUACUACUGUGAAUAAGAUGAAAGAAAUUUCAAACUACAGUUUCCAAAUGAAAUUUAUGUACUUCGUAUUCCAUAACAA